UCGGCUGAGAUUAGAAAUUAAGAACUUGGAAAUAGAAAGUCCAAUGACAUUACCGACGAUGGAGCUUUAUCAAAAUCACGGUAAGGUGAGCGACGAAAUCUACGAUCUGCGACGGUCCUCUGCGAAACAAGAUAUAAAAGAGAUUCGCUUUGUCGAUAACGUUUACGAGCGAACGAGGGAUGAUCGCGAACGAUUCGUGAAAACGCCAAACAACCAUCAAGAUACAAUGGAAUGUGCAUCCGAUUCGAGUAGCGAAAGUUACAAGGAGAUUCAUAGGAAACAAAUAGAAAGAAAAAAUUCGUCACCGGUUGCCGCGGCUAGUGCCUUUACGAUUGACAACAUUCUUGGCAGACGCGAAACGAAAAAUAUCCAAGUGGCUCCUAAUUUAAAUUAUUCCGAUGACAGAGAAGAAGAUCAAGAAGAUAGGGAGGCGAAAAUGGAAGAAAAUCAGUUUAUCAGACCAACAGCCGUAUCAGCUACGCAAUCCGAUAUGAACACAGGAUUAUACGCAUCGGCAGGAUUAUCGUAUUCGGAAGUCACGCUUUCAGAUCCUUCCGCGUAUUCGGCGACAUCCCUUGCUUCUGCAUCCAUUUUAUAUAACAGUUGGUUCGCUCAAUCGAAACCUGGCCAGCUGUUUGGUCUACAAGCGCCCAAACCGAGUGGAAGACGAUCCAGAAAACCGGGGAUCGACAGAAAGCCACGUCAAGCAUACAGUGCGAAACAGUUGGAAAGACUCGAGGCGGAAUUUAAGAUCGACAAGUAUUUAAGUGUGAGCAAACGAAUGGAGCUGUCGAAAUCCCUAAAUUUGACAGAAGUCCAAAUAAAAACGUGGUUUCAAAAUCGUCGCACCAAGUGGAAGAAACAACUUACCUCCAGAUUAAAGAUUGCCCAAAGGCAAGGGCUUUUCCCAUCAGCAUACUUUCCACCGGCUCAGUACUCUUUGUUACCGUACUACACUACGCCGCUUGUGUUUGGAACUUCAGCGUCAGAUGACGCCAAUAUUAACGCGAUGGCGAUACCGUCACGAUCUGUGGCAUCAUCGCCGGAUGCUGUUUGAACGAAUAUCGAUUCGAACUACUUAGCCGACAUGAGACACGAGCGCGAAUCAAGUGCAAUGUACCUCGUCUAUGGUGCGAUUAAGACUCAAUUUCUCGAUUCAACGUAUAUACUUACGAUGAUUUCAUACUGACGACUGAAGACAUGCUGGACGUCUAGCGCAUAAUAUAUUUUCUUUCUAAUAGUUCUGAUUGUUAGUUAGACAGCUGUAAAAUACAAAUUUAUGUUACCAAAAAUGCAUGAGGUAAAAAUUUUGUGUAC